CAACCAGCAACCGGCAGUGAAGAAAGAGGUCGACACUUCAAAUAUUAAAAGCUGAAAACGAAAAAAAAAGUACCUAUUUUUUAUUCACUAUAUUAAAUAUUCUAGAAGAUCGGAGAUAUGGCUUGGAUAACGCAAUUCCUAAAGGCGGUGGCUUUCUUAGCUGUCGGGGUAAUAUUGUCGCCGGAGACUUUCGGAUCAAAGUCGGACGGUUCAAAUUCUCUCGGUCUCGCCCCUUUCAUUAAGCUGGCUCAUCUCCUCAGCUUCUCUACCGCCUUUGGCGCCGCCCUUUGGGUCACUUUCAUUGGUGGUAUCAUCAUGUUCAAGAAUCUGCCGAGGCAUCUAUUUGGUAAUCUUCAAAGCAAGAUGUUCCCGGCUUAUUUCUCGAUGGUCGGGGUUUGUUGUUCCAUAUUGGUGGCGGCGUUUGGUUAUUUGCACCCGUGGAAGUCAGCGACGCCGCCGGAGAAGUACCAGCUUGGGUUUUUAGUCUCUGCGUUUGCUUUCAAUCUCUCUAAUUUGUUCGUUUUUACUCCCAUGACCAUUGAGAUGAUGAAGCAAAGACACAAAGUGGAGAGAGAAGCCAACGUUGGUGAUGAAAUUGGAUGGUCGAAGAAUCAGGAAGCCGCGAAGACUAACCCAAAGCUUGCAGCAAUGAACAAGAAAUUUGGAAUGAUCCAUGGGUUAUCUUCCCUUGCCAAUAUAAUUUCCUUUGGCAGCCUUGCUAUGCACUCAUGGUACUUAGCCGGUAAGCUCAAUCUGUAGUUUACAGGUUAUUUAGACAUAGAACUGCGUUCUGGCUAUAGAUUGAAGUGAUGACUUGUACUUCAUGUGUCCUCUGGGAUAGACUGUUCCAGUUAUUCCUGCUAGAUUGUGUACAAUUGAACCAUAAGUUAAUAAAGUGAAUUUUGUCUUAUUUGUUCACUUUGAAAUAAAUUAACAAAGUGGGAUGGUGAAAUUAGACUU